CCGUCGUGGGUACGAAUGUGCUGGCGGGUGGCGGAGAAGCCUCAAUUCGCUCCCUCGGUGUCCCCUUCAGUGGAGUACAGAUUGCUAAAAUUUUGGGUGAGAAUAACGAUUCCCCGAUUGCCCCUUCCCAACCUCUCACUUCCCCUUUAUAAAGCGCGAGCUCGAAGCUUUGCCUCACUCGCCACUCGCCCUUCUCAGAGAGAACGAGAGAAGCAUCUGAAGAAGAAGACGAAGCGUAGGGUCUUUCCCGGAGCCAUGGACGCUCCACGGUUUCAGCUCGCGUUCCUGGUCAUCUUCGCAGUAGCAUCGUCCGCCGCUGCCGCCGGCGCGUGCUCAUCCGUGACCUUCUCCUCGAACCGCGUCUACGCCGCCUGUAGCGACCUCCCCCACCUCUCCUCCUCGCUCCACUGGUCCUUCGACGCCACGGCGGCCACCCUCUCGCUCGCGUUCGUGGCGCCGCCGCCCAAGCCGGAGGGCUGGGUGGCGUGGGCGAUCAACCCUACCGCCGACGGCAUGAUCGGGUCCCAGGCCCUGAUCGCGUUCCACCAGCCCAACGGGUCGAUGGGGGUACGGACGUACAACAUUACCGGCUACGGGUCCAUCGCGGAGGGGGCGAUCGACUUCCAGACCUCGGAUCUGGCGGCAGAGUACUCCGGCGGGGUGAUGCGGGUCUUCGGGAAGGUGAAACUGCCAGCGGGGACCACGGCGGUGAAGCAGGUGUGGCAGGUGGGAUCGUCGGUGGCGGAUGGGGUCCCCCAGCAGCACGCCAUAGCGCAGGAGAAUAUGCAGUCCAAGGGAAAGCUGGAUCUCAUCAAAGGGGCGGUCUCCGGCUCCGAAGCUUCCAGUUCCAGGAACAAGAAUGUACAUGGAGUUCUGAAUGCAGUGAGUUGGGGGAUUCUGCUUCCAAUUGGUGCAAUCUUCUCUAGAUACCUGAAAACAUUCGAGUCUGCCGAUCCUACAUGGUUUUAUCUUCAUGUAACAUGCCAGAUUAUUGGCUACGGUGUUGGAGUUGGUGGCUGGGCUACUGGCCUCAGUCUUGGUAGCAAAUCUAAGGGAAUCGAGUACACGACUCACCGGAGCAUCGGCAUGGCCCUUUUCUCUCUUGCCACCUUACAGGUGUUUGCGCUAUUUCUGAGGCCAAACAAGGAUCACAAGUACAGAUUCUACUGGAACAUCUACCAUCACUUGGUGGGAUACACAGUCAUUAUCUUAGGCAUCAUCAACGUCUUCCAAGGCCUGGACAUCUUGGGCGUCGAUCAUAAAUGGAGAGCGGGAUACAUCAUUGCCAUUUGCAUUCUAGGUGGCAUCGCCUUGUUCUUGGAGGUUGCUACCUGGAUUGUAGUUCUCAAGAGGAAGUCUGAUGGCUCCACAAGGCCCUAUGGUGAAUCCACUUCUAAUGGUGCGCAAAAGCCAUUGUCAGUCUGAGUCAACUAAUUCACUCUUGUGAUCUAUUUGUCUCGGAGCAGAUUUUUAGUAGAGUGUAGUGGAAUGCUGCUAGUUUGCUAUCAAUGAUUUAGGAUGAUGCUGAGUGUUCUUGAGCUUUUGGGCUGUGUAUUCAUUCUCUACAAACCAAUGAGCUUAGUAUAUAUAUAGUACAUGGUUUUCUUUUUCUUG